AUGAACACUUCGCAACAAGCUAUGGAUACCAAACAAUUAGAAUCCCUCAUUGAAGAAGGUAACUCCUUUUUUAAAGCACAACAAUGGAAUAACGCCAAACAAAAGUACAGUUUGGCGAUCGGAUUGCUGCAAAAUUAUGGUGAAUUUCAACAACAGCAAGAUUCAAAAUAUCUUGAACAACAAUGGGUCCGAGUGCAUAAUAAUAGAGCACAAGUACAUUUGAUGUUGAAAGAAUAUAACGAAUCUUUGACCGAUUGUCAUCAAGUUUUAAAAUUUGAUCCGCUCAACGAGAAGGCAAUAAUUAGACUUAUACAGAGUCUCAAUUUCUCGGGAGCUAAAGAGCUUGCUUUUGAAGCUCUUUUGAACGGAUUACUGAAAUUACCUGGUAAUGACAAGCUGGAGGCUCAAAAAGCUCUCUUUCCAAAUUUUUUAGAUUUACAUGAUCUUAUUGCUUUGGGAUGUGAGCAAACAAAUAAGUAUAUUUUCUCUGUUAAGCAAUUGAAAGGAAUCGAACACAAAGCCUAUCAUGACACUUGGAGAGUUGAGGACUAUUUUGAUCCAACAAAUGAAAGCAGAUGCUUUGACAUUCCAUGCCCGCCAGAACAGUUCAUAGUUGACAAUGACAUCAUUGAAAAGGAAAAGCAAUAUUUUGAAAAUCUUUCAAAGAAAAACAAAGGAACUCUUCCACAAAUAUUUGACUAUGGAAAUAUUUAUUGUCGAAAACCUCAAAUUGCAACAGAUCCAGAAUUUCCAUUGACGUAUCAAUAUUAUUAUAAAUUCUCUCAUGGAGAAAAAAAGCCCCUUGGUUUUGCAAACAUUGCAUGGUUAAGAUCUCUAUUUAAAUUACAAGCAAACAAAAAAGAUUUAUUUAUUUUACUUCCACAAACCCAAAGUAUGGAGUCAUGGACAUUGUACAAAGUGAAAGAUUUCGGAAUUCAAUUUGGCAAUGUGAGAUGUAAAUCUACAAAUUGGUAUGCCAUUCACAGAGGAGAUGUAGUAGUGAGAGACUUUGAUAAGCACAUUUGGUCGUUAUUAAUUUUGGAAAGUGUUGAUCCUGCAAGACAAAACAACACGAUCGAAUUAUUUAUUGACUUUAUGGGUCCUCAAUUUAAUCACUUUGAUUAUCUCUUGAGAAACAAGUUACCUUGUAAAAUUUUCACACGAGAGACAGUUCAACAAGAAGAAGCAGUGUAUUGUGAGGACUAUAUUGGCACAUAUAGAAUUAAGGAUCGCAAGAUUGGCAAAGAUGCCAAGAAUUUCAUUGAUUUGAGCUAUGUGGUUGAAUUUCCAUUAGAAUCUUAUUCCUCAACAUUACUCAGCAAGCUUGAACAAGCGUAUUGUAUGAAUUCAAAACUAGAAAUUACAUUCCCAAGCCUCAAAACCUUUUUUAACAUCUCUAAGAGAAUACUUAAAAACCAUUUCAUGUCAAUGUUGAUGUAA